AUGAACGUCAAUAGAAAUCAAGAACAGAAUUUAGAAGAUAAUCACACUCCAUCGUUACCUAAACUCACGCACGAUGGAGCAUCUACCCUAAGUGAGGAGUCUACGACCUUGCAAAAGAGAGGUAUCGUAGCUUCAAGUAGGGUAUUAUCAGUCAUCACCAGGAAAGAUAUCCAUGUGGCUUACGCAGCGUAUACCCUAUUGGCUCUUGGUAUAGCCUUUGCUCAAUAUACCCAAUCUACAUUUACCGCUUAUGCUACCAGUGCAUUCAAGAGUCAUUCCGAACUCGCUGCUGCAGGUGUGGUCUCGAGGGUGUUCUCCAUGUGCGCAUACGCUUUGAUGCCUAAGAUUACAGACAACAUUGGUCGUAUCUCUCCGAGCAUUUUCCUUAUCAGUUAUGCAAUGAUGGCUGGCUGUAAAAAUGUACAAACCUAUGUCGGAGCAAACGUAUUCAGCGGUCUCGGUUCGACAUCGUACGAAAUUGCUAUUCAAAUUUACAUUGCCGAAACUACUCCGAUCGUCAGUAGAGCACUUUGGAAUGUCGCUGCUGACUCCUUCAGUGCUAUUGUAACGAUGUAUUCCGGUGCUGAGAUCGGUGGACAUAUAUUGGAUAAUUGGGGCACUGCCAGUGGAUGGAGAUGGGGUUACGGAAUGUGGGCAAUCAUCAACGCCGUGUUGGCAAUACCCUUCAUUAGCAUCCUUGUAUCCUGGCAAGGACGAGUCAGGAAAAAUCCAAAUGCGGAACCCCUACCACCUCGAACCAGCUUAUACAAUCAGAUGUUCCACGAAUACGAUAUCGUCGGUGUCUGUCUACUGGUAGCUAGUGUCGCUUUGAUCUUGGUACCCCUUACUUUGGCAAAGGGUGUGGCUGCCAAAUGGACGGACCAGAAUAUCGCUAUGAUCUGUGUAGGCUUCGGAUUACUAUUACUUUUCAUCGGCUGGUCAUUACCUAAACGAUACCGACCUUCGUGGCUCUUGACUCCCAAAUUGCCCCUCAUCCCAUGGUACACCUUAAAAGACCGAAGUGUAUUAGCAAUGUUCAUCAUCAACAUGUGCGAUUUCAUGUCCUAUGGAUGUUUCACGACAUAUUUCCAAAGUUAUCAACAAGUUGCUGUGAGAGUAUCCGCAGCUAAAGCGUCUCAAAUCGAUAACACACUUCGAAUUGUUUUUCAAGUGACUGCAAUAGUCAUGGGAUUGGUCAUGCGAUUCUGGACACCGAUCUGCAGGAAGGUAGGACUGGGAGAGAGAAGGUUCCACACCAAAUGGCCGAUCUGGAUCGGUAUUCCCCUGUGUGCGAUCGGUAUCGGAAUCGAUAUCAACUUUGUGCAGAAUCCCCGAAGAUCCAGUUCGAUCGCUUCUUUCGUUGUGGCCAAAGCCAUCUAUGGUAUUGGGCGAGGAAUGUUCCAAACGUCUUCACAAGUUGCCAUUCAAGCUGCAGUCAGACGAGGAGAACUGGCAAUGGCAACUGGUAUCUUCUACUUUGCCAUGUCACUUGGAGGUGCCAUCGGUGUAGCCGUCGCUGGAUCAGUAUGGUCAGAGACUCUUCCCGAUACACUUCGUAACAACCUACCUGAAGCGUCCAAGAACCUUGCUCAGACUAUCUACGGUAACAUUGCUACGGCGAUCAAGUAUGAUCCUAAUUCAGAAAUUGGUUUGGCCAUUCUCAAGUCAUACGUUCACACCAUGAAAAUCCUUGCUAUAGUCGCAACCUGCCUUCAAGUACCCAUGCUGAUUGGGAUGUUCUUCGUCAAGGACAUUGUGUUGACCGAGGAAGAAGAAGUUGCCCAUGCUGGAAAGAGAUUGGGUCUCGACAAGAAGAAGCGAUCUGAUCAGGACCGUAUGCUCGAAAAGGGUGAAAGAGAGGAAGAGAAGAUUAGUGCUUAG